ACACCAUUUUUAGGCGCCUAAUGUUACCAAUAUUCCGUUUCAUUAAGUUAGGGUACCUAUGGAUUUAAGAAAGAUUUUUUAUUAUCGUUUUUUUUCCUGUCUUUGGUCAUUCAUUUUCGUUCAAGAUGACAUAAAGCAUAGCUGGCGUUGAAGGAUGCAGGCCAGAGUAACCUGUUGACUGCUGAUGUUUUGUGAUUCAUCAUGAAAUACCUGGAAAUGUCCCAAAGUCUAUUUUCUUUAAGUUAGGUUUAAUUUGCAAACAAACCCCACCAUAGACAUGUUGGAGGUUCAGAUUUUUACUAUUUGGGGGGGCUUAAUUAUGGUUGCUACUGCCAUAGUAGGAAUCUUUGCUAGUAGUUUUGCUAUGUUUGUAUUCUUUACUGCUUCUAUAGCCACAUCUUUCAUUGGUAUGAUCUCUGUAUUUUCGAUUGUGAUCAUGGUUUCACCCAGCCACUCUACUACUAGCUCAAGUGAUAGUCCAAAAGAAAUUAGAAAAUUUCAAGAAAACAUCAAAGAAAUGGCAACAACGUUGCAAACAACCAAACAUAGUCUUUCUGAUAAUCCACCAAUAAUCAUGAACAGAAGUGUCAGUACAACAUUGCAAAACUUAAUGGAUUUAAUUUUCCGAGAUUUGUUAGAGUCAAUUCUCAAAGAUAUCACUCUCCCCACAGCAUCUAUGAAGAAUGAUGCAUGGGAAGCCCUACAUAAAUUUUAUUGCAAAAUUAGCAACAUUGAUCCAGUACAAUUUAUCACUCAAGACGUUGUUGUUCGAGUCACGCGGCAUCUUGAAAAAAUACGCCUCGCUCAAUCAAAUCCAGAAAAUCUGAGAGACAAAAUGAUAUCAUUUAACAUCUCAUCGUUUCUGCGAACGCCCCAGUCAGAGUUGGAAUUGCUUCGAAAAUUGGCAGAUGUUAUGAUAGUCAAUCUGUUCCCACGAUCAUAUGUUGAUUGUUUCUUGCUACGCCAUGCAUUGGGAGAACUGCUUGCUUGCCAAGUUUUGCAACCUGGUAUCGAUUCCUUGUGUGAUCCGGAUACAAUCAACCAACAACUGAUCCUGAAUCUUCAUCGACGUCAAAUGAUGAAAAAAGAUUACGCUUACGCAGCUAGUUACGAAGACUUUGUUUCUCUGAUUGAAGAUUGCGAUGAUUUGGAGGAACUACGCCAAAUCAGAUACAACAUCGCAACGGAAAUCGCACAAGCAACUACUAUUGGGUCGAUGCGUCGAACAAAGGGAGCAGAGUCUGAUCAGGAGUCCUUGUUGUUAGGAUCAAGCAAACUAGAUCUUUUACAAGCUCGGAAUUUAAAACGCUACAUCAAACAACUUACGUACGCAAAGCUACAAUGCGAAAGAAGACUACGCGUUUUAGGCGCACCGAUGAGCGAUUUUUCUCGGUCUUCCACGUCAACUUCUAGUUAUGGUGAUGAAAUGGUGCCCUCCUUUAAGACCGUUAUGCGUAACAAUAAUCUUCGCCGACAGCUCGAACUCUAUCUGAUUCAACAAGGGGAAACUCAAGUUGGUCUUCUAAAAUUUUGGCUGGCCACUCAGGAAUUACGACGGCUGGAUCGCAAAGCAGCUCUUACAUCUGCAGCUCAAAUGUUCUACACGUAUUUCAGUGGGAGCAAUCAAAUCAUCAAGCUAGAAAAAAGUUUGAUCAAAGGGAUGGAAGGCUUCAUUACUGGGGAUAAGGGGCCAGAAGCUUUUUUCCAAGCUCAAGACCAAGUUUGGAAAGUGCUCGAAGAGCGUCAUUAUCCUUCUUUCUUAGUAGUUCUUACAUGUCAGAUGACGGGUCGCCAACAGGGUUGCGAAACAGAUUCUGCCACGGAUCCAUUGAAAGAGCGCCACUUUUCUUGGAGAGAGCCAUGGAUAGCCGACUCUGAGCCUGACGACACUGCUGGCGUCAUCGAAUGGAGUGAGCAGACGCAAUUAGCCAAAAGCCGAAUGGAACAAGUUGACGCGCGUCUGGCUAUCAAACUUCAGGCAAUGAGUAGCUUGCGAGGUGUUGCACCAGAUAGCUCAUUGGUAGCUGCUUUGGAAAAAGAAGUAGAAUCACUACAGACAGAGCGAAGAGAAGUCGAAAACUGGUUGAAUCAAGCGGAAUCCUGGGCAGCUCAUAUGGGACAAUGGAAAGCCAUUGUAGGAAUGCCACCACAGAAUCCUGAUGAGAAAGAAAAUGUCCGUUUUCCAAUCGAAUUGCAUCUGGAGGAUGAAGCUGCGAUGAUCGCUGUAGCAUCCAACAACGGAUCGGUGUCGAGAAAAAGAGUGGCCAUGUCGUGGACUGUUUGGCGCCAGGUGGCAGAAUUCUACGCCCUUCACAGUAAACUGAGCCUUACAUGUCCGUGGCUCAAGUCUUCCCAACUGCCUGCCGUUUCGGGGAAAUCACUUUUUGGCAAGCUCAACGACAGGGCUUAUUUGGAGCGGGCUCAAGAUAAACUCCAGAGUUUCCUCGACACGGUUAUGGCUGAUGAUCGCCUCAACAAAAGCGAAGCUCUCUUUACGUUUCUGCACAAUACUCCGGUUUGCCUACGUCAGGCAUUAGUAGUUGACGCACCCAAGAAAUCGAACCGUUUUUCUCUCGCCACGCUAUUUAAAGGAGACACUCCUAGAGAAAGUGACGACGAUACCGAACAACAGCACGAUAACAACCCACCGGCAGAUGAAACCGACUCGCUUUUUCAGUCGGCAUCUGCCGACGAUACUCGUGAUGGCAUUGCCGAACCAAUUUAUCAUCUGAUUAGUGAAGUGUUUGAACUUCGUGGCGUGUUCGGAUGGCUACGCCGUACUUUGGUCACGUUUGUUCAGAUCACUUACGGACGCACAAUUAAUCGGCAACUUCGGGAUGUAAUUGCUAGUCUUUUUACCGAUCAAGCCGUGCUUGGUUAUGUGCAGUUGCUAGUCAAAACAUGGUGGCCAGAUGGGACCUUAGUCCCUCCCGCACCUCCGCGAACUACCGAAGAAAAAAGGAGAACCAAGCUGGAAGCUCGGGAUUUGCUUCUGGCGAAUAUUCCGGACGUCUUGAAUCAAUUGCUAGGCCACAAGAAUGCGAAACGAGGGACGCUCAAAGUCUUGGACGCACUUCAAGACGAGCGUCUCAACAAGCAACUCUUCUACGAUCUCCUGGAAGUGAUACUGAAAGAUGGAUUCCCCGAGUUGUCGAAUCUCUGAAAGGACCGUCGUCUAAAAUGAGGUAAUCUCCUAUCGCGGAUGAUUUAUUAACAUUCACACACACAAAUCUACAGUCACUUUACACGAAUUAUGUAUUUUUAAAAAUGAUAAAAGUAUAAGACCAAUACUGGCGAAACGCAACAUAGUUUAAGAAGCAUUCCGAAAAUAAGUAGAAUUUCCAACAAAAAUAAUUCCAUUGAUUCCCUAUCUUCCACAUGACCUCCCAUGUAUAGUAUAUAAAUUUAUACGCUUCGGUAAAAGAAUGGCACAUUCGUAUACAAAAAUAUAGUAGUAUUAGACAAAAUAGGCCUAAUUGUUUAGAAUUAUCAACUAAAAAAACACAAAAACGGAUAUACUAAAUGUUACCGUGUAUUAUGGGUGUGUUUGUUUCUGUCGUGGGUGUUCAAAUUGUGUCUACAUGUCUGUGCAAUACAGGAAACAAAGAAAUUUUCAAACUGGAACUCAAAAGAAAAAAAAGCAGCUGCAAAAGGAUGAUUCCAUCAAUUUGUCCACAGCGGAACAGUUGUUCGGCAGUUGAAAAAGGACGAAGAUUGGCAUUGGAACGGUAGAACACGGUGAUGAAACAACGAGUAAGUCGGAGAGAUAAAAUGUCAACUGAAAACAGUUGAUGACAGUAAGACGAGAACACAUUCGUGUCGAAAAAAAACCUUUGGAUUAUCGGGCCCCCAACUUAACGAUCUCCACGACUACGGCAAAUUAAAUAAGACGCUAGAAGAGAAUGAAGAAGGAGAUGGCAGGGAAUGUGUCAAUGUUAGCUCCUGAGAAGUGCAGCUCCACUGGUCUGGUUCCAUCGAGCCAUGCUGACAUCCUUGCAAAGCGAUCGAAACUCAAUUUUCUCGCGGCGUUGGGCAAAAGGGAUUGGAAGUGUCAUGCUUCUGCAAUCCCUUUUCCGUUCAAGCUCCGUUUCCCCACGAUCCCUCUUAUUUAAUAUCCUUUUUUUUCAUCUUAACAGCUGCGUAAACACGAGACAUUCAAUCCGAAUUCUCUUCGCUGAAACCCAUUUUUGCCUAUUGGAGAAAAUUGAAAAUUCCCUUUCUUUUUGUACCUGGAGCAAUAUUUUUUUUUUUUUUUUGGCUACCCGCAGUUUAUAAUAAUUUUUUCUUCCUCGUUAGAAUGACGUGUUACAAGGAGGUAAAUUGGGUCUACUCGAAGGAGACAGCCUGCUCUCUGUAACGCCAUUAGCGGUGGCAGGACGUGACGCUACGGGACUGAGAGCGUAUCCGCUGUGAUCGUCUGAAUUGCUUCCAUUACGACAACCGAAGACGGGCGAAGUUGGUUCGAGCACAGGGAACAAUCGCGAAGGUGGUGAUUGACUAGAACUGCUUGCCGAUCGUGAGUGACUGCUGGUGGAACUGGUAGGCUGGUCUGAUGAAGGCGCCUGUUCGAUCUUGUCCACGUCAGCUGCGGCCCUCUGAUACAGUCGCAUAAUUUCGCGCUUCAACUGGGCUCUGCUGGCCCGCGUCUGGCCGGUGGUCGUCUUUGCGCUACUCAUCGGAGACGCGCAAUAGACGCUGCUCGAUUCAGUCAUUUCGUACACGCUUGAACUACUGCCGCUGUACUGUUUGGGUAAUUCCUUUUUUUUACUGACGGAUGCAUCUCUACGCAGGAAUUUGUGCGCCCGUUUGGCCAGGCUGGAAACGGAGCUAUUGGAGCCGCCCGACAGCGUUUCGGGAGUAGCAAUGGGCGCCGAUAAUCGAUUACUGCAAUCUGAGAGAUCCUCGCCAUCAGCUGGGUAGUGCUGAAGCGGAUUAAAAUUCCAUCCGGCGGAUGCCGACAUAGCGGGCAAGUUGCUCGUCGUGGCCCGACGGACUUGAGGAUUGAGCCAAGACGGCUGCUGCAACAUGUAACAGGAAUGGGCUGGAACGCUACUGGAGUAAGGCGUUUCUUUGGCGGCGUCGGGAGAUCGUUGGCCAAUCGUUGGACUGCGGUCAAUCGAUGUCAAGCUAUUGUUUUCCAAAAAAGAACGCUGGCCGGCCACCAUGAUUGGCGAAGGAGUAAUGCUGGCUGCCAUCAGGAGGGAACCAUCAACGAUCAGGCCGGGUUGAUAAUCCGCCUGGUCAUCCUUCAACAGAGGUUCCGACGUGACUCGUUGAGGUUUGGACGGCCCGUGACACGAGAGAACCUGGAUGGGCGGGAUCUGGACUGUGAUCUCUUCACUUGUCGAGGCAUAAAGGACUGCUGAAUCUCGAACAUCAUAACAAGUUGCCAUCCGCCGAAAUGAAAACAAUCCCAAAUAAAAAAAUAGGAAUCGAGAAACUGAAAGACGCAUUGUCCUCUACUGAA